AAUAAGUUAUGUUAUGCUUGUAGGUAUUACAUGGUAAUGCAUAGGUAAUUUGGGGUAAUUUAUGUCUUUAUUUGUCCUUUGAAAAGAGGCUGAUUUGAAAACAAGCUCGCUCAUUUAUUAAUGCUAACUAGUUUUACAUGCAAAUCAUUUCAAACAUUGUUGUUGUAAAUAAGAAAAUGCUUUGAAAGUUCUAUAAACGUUGUGUACCAUUCUGGAAUUCUGAAGGAAUUUCACUUCGCCUUGCCUUUAAAUGAGGAUUUUUUUUUUAACUCCCCUUUUAAGAAUGUGCACAUGCGCAGAGCGGGCAGACAGUUAACUUCUGAACUUCGCAGUCAGAACAUUUUGGGGGAAAAAGUAGAAAAAAGUAAUUCUGCUGAAAUGGCAUUCCGGAGGAGAAACAAGAGUUAUCCCUUCUUCAGCCAGGAAUUCUUAAUACAAAAUCAUGCCGAUAUCGUCUUUAGUUUGGUCAUUUUUAUUCUCAUUGGAUUGAUGUUUGAGGCAACAGCAAAGACUGCCAUAUUGUUUAUUCAACCUCAGUACAACAUCAGCACACUGUCACCAGAGGGAGAGGUGACGUUGUACCAGUACGGCUGGCAAGACUGCACCACCAUCCUCUUCUAUUUCUUCAUCACCAUCAUCCUCCACGCUGUGGUGCAGGAGUACGUCCUGGAUAAAGUGAAUAGGCGCCUCCAUCUCUCAAAAAGCAAGAACACCAAGUUCAGUGAGUCAGGCCAGCUGUGUGUGUUUCACCUGGUGUCCAGCGUGUGGAGUUUCUACAUACUUAUAACAGAAGGAUACGUGUUUCACCCAAGCAGCCUUUGGGAGAACUACCCACAUGUCCACCUCCGGUUUCAGGUGAAGUUCUUUUACCUCACUCAGCUGGCCUACUGGCUUCACGCCCUGCCUGAGCUCUACUUCCAGAAAGUACGCAAGGAGGAGAUCCCUCGCCAGCUGCAGUACAUCUGUCUCUACCUGCUGCACAUCUCUGCAGCAUACCUGCUCAAUUUGAGUCCUGUGGGCCUGGUACUCCUCUGUCUGCAGUACCUGUCUGAGCUGGGCUUCCACAUCGCCAGAAUAUUCUACUUCACUGAUGAGAGCCACCAAAAGAUGUUUGACCUGUGGGCCGUGAACUUUGUGUUCACGCGGAUGGUGACCCUCACACUUGUGUUCCUGGCUGUGGGUUUUGGGUUGGCCCGUGCCGAAAACCAGGGGCUGGACUGGGACAUGGGCAACUUUAACACUGUGCUGAUACGGAUGCCUGUGUUGUUGCUGGUGAGUCUGACCCAGUCCUGGCUCCUGUGGAAGUUUAUCCGUUUCCAGCUGAAGCGGUGGCGAGAGUUCAGACAUGAACAGGUCGCUAGGAAGAGGGCCGCCGCCAAGCAAACCCCCCGACCGCUGAAGAGAGACUCCAUUGGCCACCAUGAAAACGGCGCAAUAAAAGCUGAGAACGGAGCCUCUCCUCGACCCAAGAAGAUCAAGGCCCCGUAAUGGCUCCACCCAUCAUGGCUGCCUGAACAGUGACCCUGACUAUAUGGCUUAUCAAUUAGAGGAACAAGAAACUGGUCCCACACCAUUCAUCCUCUUCCUGUUUUGCGUAUUUUCUGGAGGUGAUGUGGGGGCUGCGUCUGUCGCCAUGGCCACAACAAGGCUUAAAAAAUGCAAUUCCAAAACCAAACCCCCCUCGAGCCCUGAACAGACAUUUACUCUCAUAUCAGUAUUUUUUUAUACAACUGUCUGCUAUGGACACUCUGGUUCUGAUCUACAUGUAUACUGAACGAUGUAUGUUAUUUGUGGCACACUGUAUACUGUAAUAUUGAAUGUGUUGAUGCCUGUUCCUUGUGCGUUAAGAACUGUACUGGUCUGGGGUUUGUCCAGAUGCAGCUGUUUUUUAGCUCUGCUGUUGAAUGAGUCGCCUUCACUUUUGUUUUUAGCAUGAGUCGUAUUCAUUAGGCACCAAACGGAAGAAAACUGACUGAAACGUGGACGGACUAGACUUGCCCAAGAAGAAACACUCAUUUUCGGUUUCCUUUGCAACAUGUUUUGUGCCCUAAUAAACAGGACCCUGGUUACUUGGUGCAGGAAGAAUGUUGCUGGUUCUACGGUGGUCCUAAAGGAAUAUCAGAGCGUGCUGGCUUUGCUACCCAAUCAGUGACGGGCGGGACCAAGUUGAGAUUGGACCAAUUAUAGGGUUCUGGUUACUCCUUGGCCCCUCCCUCUGGGCCAUUGUCGGUGUGGCUCGGACCGUGCUGUGGUCACUACACAAACCUCCUGAUGACCACCAUGUAUGUUGGAUAAUACUGCAUGCUAUUCCAUUGUUUUGAGUUUUUCUAUUUUUACUUUAUUAAAUAAUGCAUUGUUCUCAAA